CAAGCAGCAGCCUCCUCAGUAGCACCAAGCAGCCUGCCCCGGGGAAAACGGUUGCUGCUACAGCCCCACCAUGAAAUUCCUCUGCAUCUUGCUUCUGGCCAGCUUGGCCGCCACCUCUCUCGCCAUCCUUAACGAGCCAGAAGAUGAAACCCACCUGGAAGCUCAGCCCACUGAUGCCUCUGCUCAGUUCAUCAUCAGCAACCUCCAGAUCUCCACUGAGGACCUUUCUAAGGAGCCUUCCAUCUCCAGAGAAGAUUUGAUUUCCAAAGAGCCAAAUGUGAUCAGAUCUCCCAGGCAACCACAGAAUCAGAAUCCCAAGCUGCCUCUGUCCAUACUCAAGGAAAAACAACUCAGAAAUGCUACCCUUGGAUCAGAAGAGACUACAGAGCACGCUCCCAGUGAUGCAUCCGCCACAGAAGGAAAACUGAUGGAGCUCGGUCAUAAAAUCAUGAAGAAUCUGGAAAACACAGUGAAAGAAAUCAUAAAAUAUCUGAAAAGCCUAUUCCCUCCUGCCUCUGAAGUCGUGAAGCCGUAGUAAUGGGGAUGCCCACAGCCCAGGGGGGCCGCUGCCAGUGCCUGCAGCACCCACACCACUUGCCCCAUCACCACCACCUCUCAGCUCCUCAAGUCCUUUAUUAAAGCCUUGCAUCCCAA